AAGAUCGAAUAGGACCGGUACAGCUUAUACUUUUUUCACUCCUGCGAAUUCUAAUAAAGCUGCUGAUUUAGUGGCAGUUCUGCGCGAGGCCAACCAGGUCGUCAAUCCCAAAUUACAAGACAUGGCUGAUAUGGGAUCAAAUGGCCGACAUAGACAUCGUGGCCGUGGCAAUAGAGGUCGAGGAGGCGGCGGCGGCGGUGGCAAUGGAGGCGCUCGUUCCCGCUCCCGGUCGCGUUCCAGGUCUCGCUCCCGCAACCGCGACAGGCGACAGCGUUCACGGUCUCGCAAUCGCUCCAGAGAUCGAUCUAGGGAUCGAUCACGCGACCGUCGCCGUCGCAGGAGAUCGCGCACCAGGUCCAGGUCACGCGACCGUAGGACUCGCAAAAACGUCGAACGAAGGCGCAAGACCAGGAGUAGGUCUAGAUCAAAGUCGAAAUCCAAAACUAAUUCGCAAUCGAGGUCGAGAUCGAGAUCUAGAUCCAGGUCCAGAUCCAGAUCGAGGUCCAGGUCGAUUUCAAGAUCCAGAUCGCGCGAUAGGCAAACAACAGGCAAGUCAACAGAGCACACUAGUCAGCCGCAAUCAGCGGUUACCUCUGGUGUCGCAACAACAUCAACAAUAACGAUGAGCAAUGAUAAGUCGGUGGCUCAGAACCAUCGACAACAACAAUCAGCGCAUCCGCCGUCGACCAUGUCCAAUUUCAAUGACUUACAGCAACAACAUCAUCAACAACAACAAAAACAAUCAAAUUACGCUACGGCACGAC